GUACCUAAGCCUACUCCGUAUCACCCAAAUACAUAUACAAACCAUCAAUCUCGAACCAAACGCAUCUCCGUUAAUCCGCUGUGGACUAUCAUCAUGGAUAGUGCGGCUUCGGAGUCGACACCCGUGCCUCAAGUAAUCUUCCGUGGGAAAAAAAGGAAGACCUACAGACAACGAGCAGAACCCGCCGACGACGACGACGAACGAUCAAGAUGCGCAGAUACGCCACGACCAGAAGGAACACCGACCGCAUCAGACACUCCCGGAAAAGCUGAAGUCGCCACCCCGAUUCAAAGCGAGGGCGCAGAGGAUGAAGAGAAAGGCCUCUCAGUAGCCGAAGUUCUUCGUCUACGCAAUGCGCGAAAAGCUCGAUUAGGCGGCGUCAAGUUCGGCGCGGGAAGCAACUACGGCUCCAACGACGCGGCAGCAGCCGUCGCCAACGGCUUUGGAGACGGUCUCGACGACCUUAGUCUUAUGAUCCGCGAGGAAGAGAACAAAGCAUUAGAUAUCGCGGCAGGCGUGAAGAAGCGUUUCGCGCCGCAGACAGGUAUGGCGGCAGAACUAGUAAACAAGCACAUGGAGGAAUAUAUAGAAGCCGAACUAGCCAAGCGACACAACGCUGUGGCGCUCUCUUCCAACCCAGCCGCGCGCUCGUCUAAUCGGGGACACCAACAACAACAACAACCGGCGACAGCGACAACGACAGCGAUAGCGACAGCGACGGUGACAGCGGUGCCCAGACCCGAGCAGCAGAAUAGAGCGCUACAAGGCCAGCUUAUGGAGAUCGACCUUGGCGACGAGGCCCGCAGCCGCAACGAAGCGCUGACGGAGCGUGCUAGGCGGAAGUUGCACGGCGAAGCCAUUGAAGACGACGACGAGCAGCAGCAGCAGAGCGGUCGCCCGAAGAAAGUCCGACUCGGACGGGACGGCAAGCCCUGGAGGUCGCGGAAUAGGCGGAAUAGCGACGAUAUCAAGAGGGACCAGUUGGUCGAGGAGAUUCUCCGGGAAAGCAGACUCGACGUAUACGAAGCGCCCACCCCGCCCCCCGCCGCACCCGGCAGCGGCGCCGAAGACGACGGCGCGGCCGACGACCGGAUCGCCGAGGAGUUCCGGCGCGAAUUCAUGGACGCCAUGGCCCAGCGCCAGCAGAAGCGCAAGAAGCCGACGAACGCGCCGUCCGGGUCCGGGUCCGGCGGCCCCGGCGGCGGCAAGGGCGGCGCUGCUGCCGACGAAGACGUGCUCAAGGGCCCCAAGCUCGGCGGGAGUCGCAACGUGCGCGCCGCCAUGCGCAAUCUGCUGCUGGAGAAGGCGAAGGAGGCGAAGGGGAAGACUCGGUGAGGCGAAGGCCGAAGGGCGCAUCUGUCUUUGUAUUGAUUGCUUGCGAUACGGGGCUUUCCCGUCGGGGAUUCGGUAAUGGGAUCGAUCCCUUGCAGCGAGGCGAGAGGGAUAAUAGGACGAGAGGGGGGCGGUUGUCGCGCAUGCUUGGGUACCUUAGUACAUACAUACAUAGGUAGGUAAAUAUAAAUACUGCGGCGUUAAGUAGGUCCUAUAGGGUAUGCGUACAUGGAUCCAUCCGUAUUAAGGGAGGAAGUAUAUCAUCGAAUUGCCUAAUGUCUUGUUUUUUCUUUCUCUAUUUUUUUACGUUGGUCCCGUAACACGAAAGGAGAACUGCACAGCAACAUGCGUGAGUUUUUCGUUGGCGAGUCAAAACGUUGUUUAUAAUAGUUUACUAUAGCAUCAAAACUAGUACCUAGGUAUAUAUGAAAUAUACUACAGCCAAAGCAAUAC